AGCAUGCUGGUUAUUUCAGAAAAGAAGUGAGAGCUGCAUUGAAAGGACAACCGUUUUUCUUUAUGCUAAUUUAUAAUGGUUUUGAAGUGGUUGUUCAUUUUCAAACAUAGGCUUUUAAAUGUUAGGUCUUUCCUGUAACUCUUUGUUAUUGGGAGUUUCAAGGAUUUGGACGCUCAGUUAAGGAUUUUGCCCUCUCCUCAUUCCUUUGGUUUUGGCCCAAAUGAUUAUGUUUCCUUUUUUUGGGAAGAUUUCUUUGGGUAUUUUGAUAUUUGUCCUGAUAGAAGGAGACUUUCCAUCAUUAACAGCACAAACCUACUUAUCUUUAGAGGAGAUCCAAGAACCCAAGAGUGCGGUUUCUUUUCUCCUGCCUGAAGAAUCAACAGACCUUUCUCUAGCUACCCAAAAGAAACAGCCUCUGGACCGCAGAGAAACUGAGAGACAGUGGUUACUCAGAAGGCGGAGGUCUAUUCUGUUUCCUGAUGGAGUCAAAAUCUGCCCAGAUGAAAGUGUUGCGGAGGCUGUCGCAAAUCAUGUGAAGUAUUUUAAAGUUCGAGUGUGUCAGGAAGCUGUCUGGGAAGCCUUCAGGACUUUUUGGGAUCGACUUCCUGGGCGUGAGGAAUAUCAUUACUGGAUGAAUUUGUGUGAGGAUGGAAUCACAAGUAUAUUUGAAAUGGGCACAAAUUUUAGUGAGUCUGUGGAACAUAGAAGCUUAAUCAUGAAGAAACUGACUUACGCGAAGGAAACUGUAAGCAGCCCUGACCUGCCUUCUGCAGUUCCUGUUGGUGAUACUUCAACACUGGGAGACGCUGCUCUCAGUGUUCCACAUCCAGGGGCGGACUCCUAUGAAGGUGCCUCAGAGAGCAGCUUGGAAAGGCCAGAGGACAGUAUUAGCAAUGAAAUUGAGAAUGUGAUAGAAGAAGCCACAAAACCAGCAGCUGAACAGAUUGCAGAAUUCAGUAUCCACCUUUUGGGGAAGCAAUACAGGGAAGAACUACAGGAUUCCUCCAGCUUUCACCACCAGCACCUUGAAGAAGAAUUUAUUUCAGAGGUUGAAAAUGCAUUUACUGGCUUGCCAGGCUACAAGGAUAUUCGUGUACUUGAAUUUAGGUCUCCCAAGGAAAAUGACAGUGGCGUAGAUGUUUACUAUGCCGUUACCUUCAAUGGUGAGGCCAUCAGCAAUACCACCUGGGACCUCAUUAGCCUUCACUCCAACAAGGUGGAAAACCACGGCCUUGUGGAACUGGACGAUAAGCCCACUGUGGUUUACACAAUCAGUAACUUCAGAGAUUAUAUUGCUGAGACACUGCAGCAGAACUUUUUGCUGGGGAACUCUUCCUUGAAUCCAGAUCCUGACUCCUUGCAGCUUAUCAAUGUGAGAGGAGUUUUGCGUCACCAAACUGAAGAUCUAGUUUGGAACACACAAAGUUCGAGUCUUCAGGCAACGCCAUCAUCUGUUCUGGAUAAUACCUUUCAAGCUGCAUGGCCCUCAGCAGAUGGCUCCAUCACCAGCAGUAACCCACCACUUGAUUUCAGCUCUGGUCCUCCCUCAGCCACUGGCAGGGAACUCUGGUCAGAAAGUCCUUUGGGUGAUUUAGUGUCUACACACAAAUUAGCCUUUCCCUCGAAGAUGGGCCUCAGCUCUUCCCCAGAGGUUUUAGAGGCUAGCAGCUUGACUCUUCAUUCUGUCACCCCGGCAGUGCUUCAGACUGGCUUGCCUGUGGCUUCUGAGGAAAGGACUUCUGGAUCUCACUUGGUAGACGAUGGAUUAGCCACUGCUGAAGAGUCAGAAGAUUUUCUUUCUGUUGAUUCACUGCCUUCAAGUUCAUUCAUCCAACCUGUGCCAAAAGAAACAAGACCACCCAUGGAAGACUCUGAUGUGUCCUUAACACCGUCACCGUAUCUGACCUCUUCUGUACCUCUUGGCUUGGACUCCUUGACCUCCAAAGUCAAAGACCAAUUAGAAGUGAGCCCUUUCCUGCCAGAUGCAUCCAUGGAAAAAGAAUCAAUAUUUGAGAGUGGUUUAGGUUCAGGGUCUGGGCAAAAGAGGGAUCUGGUUACUUGGCCAUGGAGUGACACUUCAUCAGAAAGCACUGAACCACGGUUGAAGCCAUGGCUUGAAGAUGAUGAUUCACUUUUGCCAGCUGAGAUUGAAGACGAGAAACUAGUUUUAGCUGACAAAAUGGAUUCCACAGACCAAAUUAGUGAGCGCUCAAAAUAUGAACAUGAUGAUAGAGCCACAGUUACCAAAGCACCUCUUCUCCGGACACCUGUAGCAACCUCUACUGAUGAAUCAGACCAGGCGGAUGCCAUCCUAAGGGAGGAUGUGGAACAAACUACCGAGUCAUCCAACUAUGAAUGGUUUGACAGCGAGGUUUCAGUGGUAAAGCCAGAUAUGCAAACUUUGUGGACUGUAUUGCCAGAAUCAGAUGGAGUUUGGACAAGAGCUUCUUCCCUGGAGAAGCUGUCCAAAGACACUUUGGCAAGUACACCACAGAGUACUGACACACUCUGGUUGAAAGCUUCCGUGACACAGUCUACCAAAUUGCCUCCAACCACAAUCUCCACCCUGCUAGAGGAUGAAGUAAUUAUGGGUGUACAGGAUAUUUCAUUAGAACUGGACCGGAUAGGCACAGAUUACUAUCAGCCUGAGCUAGUCCCAGAGCAAAAUGGCAAGGUUGGUAGUUAUGUGGAAAUGUCUACAAGUGUUCACUCCACAGAGAUGGUUAGUGUGGCGUGGCCCACAGGAGGAGACGACUUGAGUUAUACCCAGACUUCAGGAGCUUUGGUGGUUUUCUUCAGCCUCCGAGUGACUAACAUGAUGUUUUCAGAAGAUCUGUUUAACAAAAACUCUUUGGAAUAUAAAGCUCUGGAGCAAAGAUUCUUAGAGUUGCUGGUUCCCUAUCUGCAGUCAAAUCUCACGGGGUUCCAGAACUUAGAAAUCCUCAACUUCAGAAAUGGCAGCAUUGUGGUGAACAGCCGAAUGAAGUUUGCCAGUUCUGUCCCUCCCAACAUCAACAAUGCGGUGUACAUGAUUCUGGAAGACUUCUGUACCACUGCCUACCAUACCAUGAACUUGGCUAUUGAUAAAUACUCUCUUGAUGUGGAAUCAGGUGAUGAAGCCAACCCUUGCAAGUUUCAGGCCUGUAAUGAAUUUUCUGAGUGUCUAGUCAACCCCUGGAGUGGGGAAGCGAAGUGCAGAUGCUUCCCUGGGUACCUGAGUGUGGAAGAACGGCCCUGUCAGAGUCUCUGUGACCUACAGCCUGACUUCUGCUUGAAUGAUGGAAAGUGUGACAUUAUGCCUGGACACGGGGCCAUUUGUAGGUGCCGGGUGGGUGAGAACUGGUGGUACCGAGGCGAGCACUGUGAGGAGUUUGUGUCUGAGCCUGUGGUCAUAGGCAUCACUAUCGCCUCCGUGGUUGGACUGCUUGUCAUCUUUUCUGCUGUCACCUACUUCUUCAUCAGGAUUCUUCAAGCACACCACGACAGGAGUGAAAGGGAGAGGCCCUUCAGUGGCUCCAGCAGGCAGCCCGACAGCCUCUCAUCCAUUGAGAAUGCUGUGAAGUACAACCCGGUGUAUGAAAGUCACGGGGCUGGAUGUGAGAAGUAUGAGAGGCCCUAUCCUCAGCAUCCUUUCUACAGCUCUGCUAGUGGAGAAAUGAUUGGUGGUCUGAGCAGAGAAGAAAUCAGACAGAUGUAUGAGUGCAGUGAGCUUUCCAGAGAGGAAAUUCAAGAGAGAAUGAGAGUUUUGGAGCUGUAUGCCAAUGAUCCCGAGUUUGCAGCUUUCAUGAGAGAGCAGCAAGUGGAAGAGCUUUAACCAAACUCCUGUUCUGAAACUGAUUCGAAGACUGGAGAAGACGGAGAUUACUUGUUACUUAUGUCAUAUAAUUAGCCUGGAUUUUGAACACUAUUGGAGGAAGAGUUUUCUAUUUAAAAAAAAUGUAGGGCACACUGUUUUUUUUUUUUUUUUCAGCAUAAGUUUUCAAAAUGUAGUAAGAGAUGUUACCAUUUUUAUUUCUAUAACGACCGAAAGCUGUGUUUAAAGAAGUUGAAGACUACAUAAACCCUGGAAAGUAUUCUAUAAGAAAAAGCUGGACCUGGGAGUUAGGGCUACAGUUGCUGUCUGCUUCUGAAUCAUUGAGGGUGUCUCCUAAGAACUGUGCCUCGAGUUUCUCAAUAGGAAAAUAAGGUGAGAUUCUUACAUGGAGAAGUCAGGCUUAGAAAGGGAAUAUUUUGGAGUAUAUUUGUUAUUGUUGGGUAGAAUGGGGAAGCCUUUGAAGUAGUCUUAAUGUAUGCAUAGUUCAUAGUCACUCAUUCAUCUAAAUAAAACAUUUUCUUCCUUUUUUU